AAAUAUUGAGAGCUCUAGGAGCAUAUAUAUAAGAGAGAGAACCCCAGUGAACUCCAGACGGUGCACUUGUGUCAUGGUCUUGGGGAAGAUGCUGAGGCUCCUGCUUGCCGUCAGUCUCCUUCUCAUCCAGGUUAAUGCGGAGGGCAUUUGCUUUGAUAGACUUGGCUGCUUCCCAAGUGGAUACCCAUGGACUGGGACAAAGGAGAGGCCUGCUGCCAAAGUCCCUUGGAGCCCAGAAAAGAUCAACACACGUUUCCUGCUGUACACCAGGCAGAACCCAGACAAUUAUCAGGAAAUUAGUGGAACAAGUCCUGAGACAAUAGUUGUUUCAAACUUUAGCCUUGAUCAGAAAUCAGUGUUCAUCACUCAUGGAUACCUGGAAAAUGGAGAUAUCAGCUGGGCUGUAAAUCUAUGCAAGAUGAUUCUGCAUGUGGAUGAUGUAAACUGUAUCUGCGUUGAUUGGAGAGGGGGUUCACAAUGUUCCUACAGCCAGGCUGCUCAAAACAUCCGGGUUGUGGGAGCAGAAACCGCAUACUUUCUGGAUGCUCUGAAGAGUUACUAUAAUUACACUGUGUCUGAUGUGUACCUGGUUGGACACAGUCUAGGGGCACACGCAGCUGGGGAAGCAGGCAAGCGGACUCCAGGGAUUUCUCGGAUUACAGGGCUUGAUCCAGUUGAGCCAUAUUUCCAGAACACUCCACCUGAAGUCCGACUGGAUCCCACUGAUGCAUUGUUUGUUGAUGUGAUUCACACAGAUGGUUCAUCCCAAUUUCCCAGUAUUGCAUUCGGGAUGUUUCAAGCUUGUGGGCACGUGGAUUUCUACCCAAAUGGUGGUGAGAACAUGCCAGGCUGCAGCAAGAAUAUCCUUUCAACCAUCCUGGACAUUGAUGGGAUCUGGCAAGGUACAAAGAACUUCAUUUCUUGCAACCACUUCCGUGCAGUUCAAUAUUUUUCGGAGAGUGUUUUGUCGCCUGAUGGUUUUUUGGCCUUUCCCUGUGGCAGUGAGAAAGAGUUUCAGGCAGAGAAGUGCUUUGCGUGUCCAGCUGACGGCUGUCCAACAAUGGGAUACAAGAUUGGACCAUAUCGCCCAGCACCUGGCCUACUACAUCAGACCUUCUACCUUCAAACAGGAGACUCCAGCCCCUAUGGAGUUUGGCGUUACAAUGUGUCUGUGACACUCUCAGGCUCUCACUCUGUUUAUGGGAUUUUGCAUGUUGCUUUGUAUGGAUCCAAAGGGAACACUCGACAGCAUCAAAUCACAAAAACGAAACUUCGUCCAGGUGAAACAUACUGGGCGCUCAUUGAUGCAGAACUGAAUGUGGGUGAUGUUACCAAAGUGAAGUUUCUGUGGAACAACAAUGUGAUCAACAUAUUCCAGCCCAAGCUUGGAGCUGAGAGCAUCAGCUUGGUGCGAGCGAAGGACCACGCCAGUUUCCGUUUUUGUGCGAAUGAGGUGGUUAAAGAGAAGACUCUGCAAACUCUCACCCCCUGCACCUCGUAGAAAAAUCGAUCUGUGCUGAUUGGACUGCACAUCAAAUCUGUCUGUCAGAGAAAUAGAGUCCACUCUCCAAUUCCCAAAUUCCAAACCGAAUGUUUCUGUGAAUUGUUCUGGGAAAUUUUGAAUCAAAGAGAACGGGGAAUAACAUGCAUCAAGGUCACAGAGAAUUGAUUGGUAAAGGAAUAUUUCAAAAUCUUCAACAAACUACAUAUCAGAAAAUCCAAUGAGGUCAGAUAAUUCCUGUCAAGGCACCAUUCUCGGUUGAUUCGAUAUUCCUGCACAUAGAGCUGGAGUGGAUUCCUCUAACAGAAGCAGACUUCAAUCAUCAUUGGUGGAUUAGCUUCGAUUCAGCCUUCUGUAUCAAUCAAAUAAAAAAAAGACAACUUA